CUGGAAGAGCUUAUACAAUAAUACUAAUCUGCUAUAGUUCUCUACUUUAGGGAGACGUUUAUUCACUGAUCAAAAGCAAAGUACAAACCACGGGGAGCUCUCCUCAACAUGCAAGUUGAAGCCCGAAAACCACACCCUUUUUUAGCACAUCAAGAUUCCAUCUUUUAUACCCAGAUCUCGUCACAGGUGCAUAUCCCAUCCCUCGUACCCCCGGGUGGGGGCUGUCUGUUGGCCGUGCCCCUCUUGGUAUGUGUAAAUACUGAUAACAAGUGUGAAUGUUGAAUACUGUCAGGCGUGUAGCUGCCCUUGAGCUGCAGACACAAUAUAUCUCUCUCCUCACAGGCAAAGUGCCGUCUCUUCUGAUGCUUUGCCGGAACCUAGACAUUACGGUCCCUUCAAUAAAUCAGAUUAAUAUUAACAAUCCCCAUUUUUACAUAAUUCAUUAUGUAACUCAAUUUAAUAUAAAUCUAGAAGAACUGGCUCGAUCAGUGACAGGGUGGAGAUCUGAACAUUAUAAGUAGAAAUAAGUGUUGUGUGAUAUCCAAAAACUUGAAAGAUGUCAUAAGAAGCUAAACUGAACCCUCUUAUAUCCAGGAUCUUUAUAUUCCUCGUACUAGAGAACCGUUGUCUCCAGGUAUUUGUAACCCUCUCCUUUCUACUGGAUAUUCCUCUGAGCACAUAGUAUGCUAAUACAAACACAGUAUGGAAAAAAACUCCCUAUCAUAACAGUCUCCCGCCUCUUUAAGUGUGUGCACUAUAUGGGAUAUGGUCAAACCUUAGCAAGUUAUGUGUACAGGAAGGGAGCGUCCAAUUCGGUUUCUUCCUCGGAUCCGUCGCCGUUGAUACUUAUCUGCUCACCAUCGUCCCCAUCCUCUCCAUUAGUUCUCGUCACUCAGUGUGACCUCGGUCCCAGUCCACGCCGGUUACUUUAAGGAAUGUGGAGGUUUCUUGCUGACGUCCCCCCCCCUCGUUACUUCUCUUAUCGUUAUUGUGUCUGAGCCUCCUGGUCCUCUCUGCAGUCUCCUCUCUACCGGUUCAGACUGGAGCAGCACCAGGCCGCUGUGUGUAUCUAUGUCUGGGGUUGUUGACCCUUGUCUGAGGGAGAGAGCUGUGUGUGCCCUCUGAAUCAUCUUUUAGAUGUACUUUAAGCCUAAUAUAACACAAUGUAAAAAUUUAAUACACCCUAUUGUUGUGGAAGCACACAAUUUGAACCAUUUUAACCAGCACAUUCCCCCCUUGGGAGACAGAGGUCUCUCACCAGACCGAAAAUGUUGUUGCUCCUGUGACUCUUCUGGUUCAUGUACUUUGCGUACAGCAGGAACCACUCAUGCAUCAGGUUACCAGCACCUGGUGGAUGAAUGCAUGAGCUGCUGCAGGUCUUCUUAGGGGUUGGGUCCUUUGGGGUGUUAUUGCUUAUAUCUUGUUAUCGAUUAUUAUCACAACACAUAAGAAAACGGAAAUGCCCUUUUAUAAGGGUUACACUCUACUAAUGUCACUUAAGGCAACUCGACUAGUCAAUGGCAGAAUAUGAUGUUUUUCUCAGGUGGUUAGACCUGAUAAGAAAUGCAAGCCACAACAAUAUUAGGUUAUAAAACACAUUUAUCAGAAUCGCAGGGUUCUCUAGAGACACCCUGAUGAACCGACAUCAUCGCAGGUCAAUCUGACCUUUAGUCCGAUAAUGGCUGUUACCUCCUAUUGCUAGGGACCACGUCUUCUUCUUGGGGUUCCAUGAGACGGGCAUUGUUCUUUCAGCUGGGCUCUCCAUCUUGUUUUCCUCCUUUCUGUGAGUGUGAAGGUCAUCCCCCUCUCCAGCUCCCUCAGCCAUCUGCUGGUGUUCUGGUGUGGAUUGGCCACGCCUUGCUUCACCUCUCCUCUGUGGCCGGCAGGGCUUUGCCGUGAUGGUCUCCUCUCCUCUGGCCUUCCUUCAGGUGCUUCUGCCUUGGUGCAGUGUGUGAUGUGGUUCCAGUGUGGUUUCUCUCCACUGCGGUGGGCGUGGUCAGUCCCAUCAGGUGGGGUCCAGUCUGACGUGGCUCAUCCCCCUUCCUCGGAUGGACCUCCUCCUCCUGUGGGUCUGGUCCGACGUGCCUCUCCUCCGUGGCUCCUUCCACCUGUUGAAACAGUGCUUCCUGCCUACCUGCCGCUCCCUGGAAAUAGCUUCGUAUUUCUUUGGCUAACAGCUCCCACGGGGACCUUUAUGAGGUCUCCCUGGUACGGUACGGGCCUAGGCCGUCCGGUCAGCCUCUCAUGGGGAGUUAACUGUGUACUACGGUUAGUUUGUAUUCUCAUGCUCAUUAAUGCCCACGGCAGAGCCGUCAGCUAGUCCAUUCUAGUCUCCCUGCAGAUUCUGGAUAGCUUUUCUUUCAGCGUACCACUAGCUCUCUCUCUGGGACUGGGGAUGAUGCCCCCAACCUAACCUCUGCUUGACCCUCAAUGACAGACAUAUUUAUUCAUUAUCGUGUUGUCAAAAGACACAACAAAUUACUCACCUGACAAAAUCAAGACUGUUUGCUGUUCUGGCUUCUCAGUGGUGGCCUGAGCUCCUCACUGACAUCAGGACAGCAGAAAGUCUCUAUAUCCUCCGCCGGAACCUAAAAACACACUUUUCCAACCAUACCUUGGAUAAAGACAGAUUAGCGCUUCAGUGGCAUUUACUUAUGGUAUUACUUUCUUAAAGAAAUGUUACCCACUUGAUUCUUGUAGUUCUGAGUUUGUACUCAUGGUUGAAUGCACUUAUUGUAAGUCGCUUUAGACAACCGCAUCAGCUAAAUGACUUGAAAUGUAAAAACUGCGUCCCCUUAUCAGAACUGAUUAUUGGACUUCUCUGGUUAGAAACUAAGCUCCAGUUAUAGCCUCAGCUUUGGCUGCUGGGCGGCUUCCCCCCCUCUGCUGAAUCUGUCAAUCACCACCAACACAUAUUGUUUUGCUUACCGGUCUGAUUAUAUCAAUGAAAUCAAAUAACACUAUGGCUGUCUUGGAGCUGGAAUAUGGCCUAUCGGAGCGAUGUGCGACUUUCUCAUGUCGUACUCCGCAACUUACGUCUGAUCGCACAGGAUUGUUGACUGUGGGUAACCUGUAUCGAGACCACCAGGUAGCCUGCAAAGCCUUCACCACCUCCCCCCUGGCUCCAUGGAAAUCACCAUGAGCCACCAAAACCAACUGAGGAAGGAGUGAAACAGGUGCUACCACCAACCCGCAUGAGACCGGACCCCCCUGUUAACCUUAACUGCUCCUCUUGAGAGGCAGUCGACUCAACCUCCACGAGAGCCCUCAUGGAGGCUGCAGGAUCAAUGUCCUCACUCCCUUCACGGAGUGUUCAUGAACAUCUCCUGCCUGAUACAUCACAAUACAAUACAAUACAAAAUCAAAAGAAGUACCGUGAGCGGCACAUUUAACAACAUCAUGGAGUGCAAAAGCUCUAAUAAGUCAUUAGCUGUCCUUGCAUUCCUGUCGGUCAUGUCAAGUUGUUGAAAUGCAGUUGAGACAGUCCACAUUCUGAUUCUAAACCUACUGCUAUCUGAUCUAUUGGUCUGUACUCGUCUGGCCCUCCUCUGCGUACUCUGGCGUCAACAUAGAUUGUCGAGCCAGCUUCUAGGUCAAAACAACCUUUGCUUUCUGUCCUUUUAUCUUCCUCUCUCUCUCUCACUGUCUAAAACACAUGUUAAGUCGCUCCCUUCCCCCUUUUGAAAUAGGAUGGAAUUCCUAAAUCCAUCCUUUUCAAUAAUAAUACUAAUAAGCAGUCAAAAUCUAGAAGAAAACAGAGGAAUAAAAUAAAAAAUGCAUGCGUCUGUCAAAUCAAUGCAGGAGAACCAUGUCUUAUCUGAACUCACAGCAUCAUCAUUGUGCUUGGGUUAGGAAUGUCAUAAUAAGUCGGCAUAAUUGUUAAAGAACGGGUUAUAAAUUUAUUUAUUGGCCCCAAAUCAAGGCCCAUUUUCAAGGUUUAGAAAAUUAAUUAAUGAAUGUAUUCCAGGGAGCCCUCGUCCUCUCCAGUACACUUGCCUAUAACAGCCAUUCUAUGGUUUAAAAAUAUAUAUCUAAAGUCUGUUCCAUCCUUAAGGGAUGCUGGUGAUGAUUAAAUUGGAAUUGUACGCGGUUUUAACUCUAUCUCUACGGGAGCUAUCGGAAUCAGUCACACAUCAGUUCACCCUUUAGUCCUAAAAGUGUCUGGAAAUAAGUUUAGCAUGUUGUCAGUGUCCCCAUGAUCAGUGUUCUCUCUACUAUGUGUGCGUCUAAGCAUGUGUCUCUAAUAUUAACUGGACCUCCGAUGUGUGUGCAGUUCUGUACAUGUUCUCAAAUGUGGAGUAAUGCCAGUGUUUAAUGUGUGUGCACCCAGUCCGUAGCCUCAACCUCUGCUUCCACCAUUGUUCUUCUCUGUGCCUCCACUCUGGACCAACACUGUGACGUGGAGCUGCGGUGUCAACGACUGCAUACAAUCUGCAACUCUGGUGUUCAUUCACGAGCCGCUGCUACUCCUUGCUUCUCUGCAUCGAUCUCCAAGCCUCCACAGCUGUCCACCACCCACAACGUCAACAGCUCUUACUGUGCUGGCUCCCCGAAGCAGUACCAGCUCUGUCCACUGCAGCCCUGUCCCAGGUCCACGGUGAGCUUCAAGCAGCACCAGUGUUCCCAGUUCAAUGCCAAAGCCUUUGGAAGAAGAUACUACCAGUGGAUCCCUCUCUACCCUGCCGACUACAUCAGCAUCUCCAGUAAGCCAUGUGACCUGCAGUGCACCACCACCAGUGGGGAGCGGCAGCUGCUGGUUCCCGCUCACGAUGGCACCUUCUGCCACGACACCGAGUACCAAGGCGUCUGCAUCGAGGGGGCGUGUCAGCCCGUGGGCUGUGACGGGGAGCUGUACGGCAGCCGGGCGGUGGACCGCUGUGGGCUGUGUGGGGGCAGCGGGACAACCUGCCAGCGCAUCUCUGGCUCCUACAGGAAGGCACUGGCACAAAGGAGGUCGGCUGUUCCACAUCAUGCAUCCUUUGAAGGUGACCAGGCUGGGGCUUUCCCUUAUAGAAGGAGGUCGGCUGUUCCACAUCAUGCAUCCUUUGAAGGUGACCAGGCUGGGGCUUUCCCUUAUAGAAGGAGGUCGGCUGUUCCACACCAUGCAUCCUUUGAAGGUGACCAGGCUGGGGCUUUCCCUUAUAGAAGGAGGUAGGCUGUUCCACAUCAUGCAUCCUUUGAAGGUGACCAGGCUGGGGCUUUCCCUUAUAGAAGGAGGUAGGCUGUUCCACAUCCUGCAUCCUUUGAAGGUGACCAGGCUGGGGCUUUCCCUUAUAGAAGGAGGCUAUGUGUUGGUCACCCACAUCCCAGCUGGAGCGUCAGACAUCCAGAUCAUCGAGAGACACAGGACGGAGAACAUCCUGGCCCUCUCAGAUGAAGCGGGUCACUUCUUCUUCAACGGGAACUCUGUGUUCGACAACCCUCAGAACUUCCACGUGGCAGGAACAGUGAUUAAAUACCGACGUCCAAGCAGCGUGUUCUCUGACGGGCUGGAGUACAUCCUGGCCCCGGGGCCCACCCUGCAGGGCCUGAACGCUAUGUACUACAACCUGAACGGGAAGCUUCCCCACAUCACCUACGAGUACACCAUCCCCCGCUCCUCCCACCACCUCCCUGCUGCUCCAGGCCCCUCCCACCACCUCCCUGCUGCGCCAGGCUCCUCCCACCACCUCCCUGCUGCUGCAGGCUCCUCCCACCUGAACCUCACCUUCAACCAGGUGGAUCAGCUCAGAGCCACUGAUGGGAGUGCGACAUCUGUCUAUCAGUACAACAGCCAGCUGGAAGCCGAGGACCAAUCACAGGAGGAGGAAGAGGAGGCAGUCUGGGCAGUCAGGACCCCCAGCCCCCCCCCGCCGGCCGGCAUGCUGGUCUACCGAGGUGGAACCAGUGAUGUGUUCAGCCUCAACGAGGUGCAGCCGGGCCCUGCUGUGCCUGCAGGCUACCGAAGUUCCUCAAACUCCAUUGACGAGCCCCACACUGCCGAUGACAUCACCCUAGUGCACCCCCUGCUGGGGAGUCCCAGUGUUCAUUCUGCAGCCCAGCAGCCAGAAGACGCCCCCUAUCUGCUGCUGGAGGACUUGCACUACAACCACACACAUUCCAACACACACUCUGUGGACGGCCCGCUGACUGACCCACCAGCAGACACGGCUACCGACACACACUCUGUUACGCACACAGACACACACACUGCCAUCCUGGUGCAGGGGCCUUCAGUCCAUGCAGCCGGCUCAGAGAGUAAUGACUUUGACGUGGGUUUGGAGCCAGAUGUUAGUCUGGCGGACAUGUAUCGCUGGAAGGUUUCUGCUUAUGCUCCCUGCAGCUCCACCUGUACGACAGGUAUCACCACCAGCUAUGCCCUUUGCGUCCGAUACGACGGCACUGAGGUGGACGACAGUUCCUGUGACUCGGUGACCAGACCUGAGCCCACACACGAGUUCUGCACCGGGAAGGAAUGUCCUCCAAGAUGGGAGACCAGUGGGUGGAGCGAGUGCUCUCGGACCUGUGCCGAGGGUGUUCAAUACCGGACUGUGCGCUGCUGGAAGAUGCUGUCGCCCGGUCUGGACUCAUCCGUCUACGAUUCACUUUGUCUGUCACAUGACCUUCACAAGCCAGCCAAUAGGAAGGUCUGCCUCGGCCACAGCUGUGGACCCCAGUGGGAGGUGUCCGAGUGGUCCGAGUGCUCGGCCCGUUGUGGCUCUCGGGGUGUCCGCACUCGGGAGGUCCGUUGUUCCAUGGAAAUGAGCCUCUGUAACAAGUCUUCUCAGCCAAUAGAAAGUCAGGAUUGUGAAGGCCCGCCCUGUGACAGGAGAUGGACAGUUUCUGACUGGGGACCGUGCUCCGGGGUGUGUGGAGAGGGGAGGAUGGUGCGUGCGGUGACGUGCCGGUCGUCAGGUGGGGUGGUGAUGUCAGAGGACCAAUGUGACCAGCUGCUGCGCCCGCUGGCCAUCUACCCCUGUGGCGACAGAGACUGCGCCCCCCACUGGGUGGAACAGGAAUGGCAGCAGUGUAACGCUACCUGCGGCCGCGGCGUGCGCCGGCGUGCGGUGGUGUGUGUGGGCCUGCAGGCCGGCGUGUUCAAAGAGUUCCCAGACGGCAGCUGUGACGACACCAACGCACCAGAGACCAGCUCCUCCUGCUUCCAGAGACCCUGCUCCAAGUGGUUCACCACGGCCUGGUCUCAGUGCAGUAAGACCUGUGGGAGGGGCGUCCAGGUUCGGGAAGUGAAGUGUUACCAAGGACAGGAGGUAGUAACCAGGGGCCACAGCUGCAACUCCGCCCACAGGCCAGAGGCCAGACAGAGCUGUGAGGCCCAGAGCUGUCCCACAGCAGCACCGGGUACAGAAGCAACAGCUACACGUCAGUGGAGGAUCCUCCGAGUCCAUGUCCAACAUGUUUCCUCCUCUCUGGUGUCUCCAGCAGCGGCCGUCGUUCUAGAAGACUCCUGCCAAGACAAGCCAACAGCCAACUGCGCCCUGGUGCUGAAGGUGAAACUGUGUUCCCACUGGUACUACAGGAAGGCCUGCUGCCAGUCCUGUAGGGCACCGAGACCCUGAAGGCAUCACUGUGACCCCUCACCUCACACAUUACAUUGGUGCUACACACAGCCUGCUGCUAGCAAUGUAAGGCCAGACUACAGUAACUGUGACCUUGUGACUCUUACUCCUCUCACUGAGGUCAAAGGUCAACCUGUGGUCACUGGCUUCACCUUCGACCUGUCCAUGUUAGACCUAUACCCUAUCACCCGCCCUGUGUCCAUCACUUCAUGUAACUCCCCUUCUAUUCUCUUUGUGAUGCCACCUGUAGUACCCGUCUGUAAUCCAGUCUUCUUAAAGGAACAGUACGGAUAUGUUCCGGUGGGUUUCCAUGGCGUCCUGUUCCAUACUCAGUGUAUUUCUAUAGUAGAUGGUAGUCGGCACACUUCAGGUGUGGAGCAGAUGUUCUGAGGAGCUCAACAAUACACAUGUUCCACCUGAGCCGCCACGCUGACAUCACGUCCAUCGGGUCAAAUGAACUCCUGAGUUGUUCCUGAUGUGCAGCUCCUGUGUGGGCAGACGUCAUGUUGCCCCCCACACACACACACACAGUAAACACCUGGAAACACGUGCAGGUACAGCCUCCAGGUGUCAGUCAAUGGGCGUUCACCACUGGAGAAGUACCAACACAAGGCCUCUCAUCUCUCAGAGUGUUGUUUACUGUUCUGCUGUAGUUGUUGUUGUUGUCUCUCAUAAAGAAUAAAGCUCCAGUGUUUGACACCUG